CAAAAACUACAUUAACCAGGAGGAUUUCCGCGUCAACAAACAGUAGCCUACAGAGAGCUAUCGGGGAAAUAGGUUCCUGGGUUUUGUGUGAAGUUAAUGGUCUUGGCCACUGACACAGUGAGGAUGUCUGAAGUUGAGGCCAGUGAAUUCUCAGUGCCUCUGGUCCUCUUCCUACUCUUCCUACUUCUCCUGUACUGGUAUUCAGUCUGCCCUUACUCAGUCCUGGAACAAUGUGGGAUCAAACAUCCAAAACCAGUUCCAUUCUUUGGAAACAUGAUGCUGUUUCAAAAUGGAUUUUUCGAUGUUCACAAGGACCUGAUUAACCAAUAUGGCAGAGUAUGUGGUUAUUAUCUAGGCAGAAGGCCUGUGGUGGUGGUAGCCGACCCAGACAUGCUUAAGCAGAUUAUGGUAAAGGAGUUCCAUAACUUCCCAAACAGAAUGAGCUUCCGGUUUGCCACGAAGCCGAUGAGUGAGAGUCUGAUCCUUCUGAGGGAUGCGCGAUGGAAACGCGUGCGCAGUAUCCUCACGCCGUCCUUCAGUGCUGCCAGAAUGAAAGAGAUGGUUCCUCUUAUCACUACAGCCACAGAAACAUUGCUAAACAACCUGAGCACAUUUCAAGAGUCGGGAGAAAGCUUCGACAUCCACAGGUGUUUUGGCUGUUUCACCAUGGACGUGAUAGCAAGUGUGGCAUUUGGCAUACACGUGGACUCUCAGAAGAACCCAGAUAACCCAUUUGUCCACCACGCCUCCAAGUUCUUCUCCUUUUCUUUUUUCAGACCCAGCAUGUACAUCUUCAUGGCCUUCCCAUUCCUGAUUAGGCCUCUCAGUGCUCUGAUACCCAAUAAAGGCCGUGAGGAGAUGAACAGCUUUUUCAUCAACUGCAUUCAGAAGAUCAUAAAACAGAGAGAUGAACUGCCAGCCAGUCAGCGACGGCGGGAUUUCUUGCAGCUGAUGCUGGAUGUGAGGAGCAGUGCAGAGUGUGUGUCCCUGGAGCACUUUGAUGUGGUGAGCCACGAGAACGGCCAGGCCGAUGUUCAGGGCCAGGCGGCUGAAGAACCCAGAAAUGUCCCCUCCGGCCUGGAGCACGAGUCACCCAGACACGCCCAAUCAAAGAGGAUGAUGACUGAGGAUGAGAUCAUUGGUCAGGCCUUCAUCUUCCUCCUGGCUGGCUAUGAGACAAGUAGCAACACUAUGGCAUUUGUUUCUUACUUGCUGGCCAUCCACCCUCCCUGCCAGGAGAAGCUACAGAGAGAGGUGGAUGACUUUUACACCAAAUAUGGGUCAGCAGAUUACAGUAAUGUUCAAGAGCUGAAAUAUUUAGACAUGGUAGUCUGUGAGGCGCUAAGACUCUACCCGCCUGGAUUUAGGUUUGCGAGAGAGGUUGAACAUGACUGUGUGGUGAACGGGCAGUUCCUACCCAAGGGAGUUACCCUGGAGAUCGCAGCAGGGUUCCUGCACCGCGACCCAGAGCACUGGCCGGAGCCAGAGAAAUUCAUACCAGAAAGGUUCACCCCUGAAGCGAAGGCCAGGCGACAUCCUUUUGUUUAUCUGCCCUUUGGAGCAGGGCCUCGGAGCUGCGUGGGCUUGAGGCUAGCGCAGCUGGAGAUGAAGGUGGCACUCGUCAACAUCUUUAGGAGAUUUAACGUGGUGGCCUGUGACAUCACCGAGGUUCCUCUUGAAUUAAAGUCAAAUACCACCCUGGGACCCAAAAAUGGCAUUUUUGUUAAAAUUACAAGAGGGAGAAAUCAGGUGAUAUAUAACAACUCUUUCUCCUUUGAUUUCUUGUAGAAAAGAGAUUAUUCUCCUCACUGAAAAUCUAAAAUGAAUGAAAAUAAUUAUUUUUGAAGAUGUGCUUAGCUAGAAUGCAUGGUAAAGGCACUAAUCUUUGGGAAUUAACCUGAGAAUGAGAAGAAGCUGGGUCACUACCACAAAGCUACAAGGAAAACUCUUCUGAACCUCUAAUUUAAACAUACCUUUUAAACAAA